AUGGCGCGACAACGUUUCUCACAUAUUGAGGUUGGUGUCAAACUGGCCGGCAUCCUGCAACCCCUGGGUGAACUUACCGUAACCUCGCUCGACAACGACGCCGACUGGCAAAAUUCCUGGAAGGAGCAUUUUACGCUGCUCCGCAUAGGUAAACGCCUGGUAGUCAAGCCUUCGUGGAUAGACUACGUCACCGAAGAGAAUGAUGUCCUGAUUGAAUUGGACCCAGGGCUGGCUUUUGGUACCGGCUACCACCCCACUACCUAUACGUGUCUUGAGUCGAUGGAACAGCUGGUAAGGCCGGGGUUCAUGGUCUUGGACUUGGGCUGCGGUUCCGGAAUACUAACGAUAGCUGCAGUAAAGUUAGGAGCCGCAGGAGUAGUCGCCCUGGACAUCGACCCACAGGCGGUGCAGGCUUCGCGUCAGAACUUCCGCCGCACGGGCAUAAAGAAUAAAGUGCAACUUGAUCAGGGAAGCGUGCCGCAUCGAUUGGCCCCUGCAGGCAGCUUCGACCUGGCAGUAGCGAAUAUUUCUUCGAGGGGAAUCCGGGAAAGGGCCCGGGAUAUCUUGCCCGCGCUGAAACCGGGAGGGACCCUGAUUGCCUCUGGAAUCAUUGACGAGCAGCAAGCAGAUACCGAGGAAGCACUGCUAGAAGCUGGAUACACUAGCAUCAAAAUCUGGCCCAGGGAAGAUUGGGUAAGUAUCACAUGUAAACCGGGAUGA